CAGGAGUAGACAUGUGGGAAUGGCCGGCAGAGCAACCAAUCAGCGUGGAGUUUGGAGUGAGCGUGUGGGUCAGGGUAUAACAUCCGUAAGAGGUUGAAGAAGUGUAAAGUUGCUGAAGCUGAGAUAUGAACUCACUGGAACAGGCCGAAGCCACAGGAUCCUACAUGUACACAUCCUGCAAGAACCACCCUGAUGGGUGCAAGAAGGAGCUGGCUUGAGGUUCCGGACGCACAGUACCCAACAAGCAACUGCAGGACUAGAACCUGGCAGGGAAUAAACACAGACUACAGGGAUUGCAUCUGGGGCACAUCUGUAUGCAGAGAUCUCAAGGCCUUUGAAAGAAGACUCACAGAAUACGUUUCCUGUUUACAACCUGCCACAGGUCGCUGGCGGAUGAUUCUUAUAGUGGUUUCUGUUUGCACGGCUACUGGAGCUUGGAACUGGUUAAUUGAUCCGGAGACACAGAAGGUAUCCUUCUUCACAUCUCUAUGGAAUCAUCCAUUCUUCACGAUUAGCUGCAUAACUCUGAUAGGCUUGUUCUUCGCUGGAAUACACAAGCGAGUCGUGGCACCAUCAAUAAUAGCAGCCCGGUGUCGGACGGUGCUAGCAGAGUACAAUAUGUCAUGUGAUGAUACUGGAAAACUCAUCUUGAAGCCCAGGCCGCAUGUCCAAUAGCACACGUCAUCAUAAAACAAAGCUUACUGCAAGAAGAUCAACCCUUCAAACUUUUAAUGUAAUUAGCGCAGGGUCUACAGACUACACAGGAGCCUCUAAAUCGAUUACCAAAGUGAGCAAGACGCGCAGCACUGACAAAAAUCUCUCUCUCUCUGUAUAUAUGAAGUAAAAGCAUUUGUACAGUUACUGUUCUAGAAAAACAAACAACCAACAAAGAUAACGUGGAACGGUUGCAUCUCCUCUCUCAUGUAUUUCUGUGUUGCUGCAGCACUUGUGUGUACGAGUGAGGCCAAGCAAGCCCAAGCUUGGUCGCUUCUGUUGUAACUGUGCUCCUCUGUUUGUCGCUACUGUAAAUACUGGAGUCCUGGGGCCACAAGUGGUGAUGACCAUGCCAAUGUACAGAGAGAAGACUGUGUGUGUGUGUGUGCAAGGCUGGGGCCACAGGUGGUGAUGACCAUGCCAUUGUAAAGAGUGAGAGGAGACUGUGUGUGCGUGCACAUGUGUGUGCUUUUAUCUUUUAACCCAGAGUCCGAAGGGAAAUCUCAAGGCCAUGAUAUAUAGUUUUUAGUCAGGGCUGUUUGCUGUAGUGUCACAGUUAUUCUUUGUUUGCCAUAUACUUGUAUUUGAUCAUCUGAGUCAGUAUUACUCAAUAUUGGUACUAAGCUAGUGUGUCCUGCCGUGCCUCUUUGACAUGCUUCAAACACUGUUCGCAGUUUUAAUUCAGUGUCCAAGCAGAAUUUGGUAUAUAAUAUUAUAUAUAUAUAUAUAUAUAUAUAUAUAUAUAUAUAUAUAUAUAUAUAUAUAUAUAUAUAUAUAUUGUAGGCACUUUUGCUGAGCAAUAACAUGACAUCAUGAAGUGACAUUACUCCUACAAAAUGCAAGUGUCCUUCAUUUGAAACAGUUCAUUCAAUGACAAGGUGGGUUCCAAUAUUUUGUCGAAAGGAUUGCAGAUCUAUAUGAUAUCCUUUUAAAGAGGGUUUCCCUGUGCUGCUGCUUGUAUACCUUUUUACAGCCCAGAGCAUUGCCUUUAUAUUAGAAUGAACUUUUAUCAUAUCACAAGGGGAUCGCAGCCAGUACAUCUCGUUUUGUGAAUAAUUAAUAGGACUGUGAGCCUGAAAUUAAGCAUGUUAUUUUAUUAGACAAACAAUUGGCUUGCUGAAAUUGAAACAGUUUUUUUUUUUUUCAAAUCUAUUGCAAUAAAUUUGUAAUUUGUUUUGUAUUGUAUAUACUGUAUUUGUACGCGCUGCUGAAACUUUUCUCUAUUAAGCAACCACUUAUCUCACAGAUAAGGAUCGCAGAAGCUGAAUAUAUACACAGAGAUUGUUUAACUGUUGGCUACUAUUAACAUUGUAUAUAUUUUGUUUGUUUUAACAUUUUAUUAAAUACAGUAGAUAUGGA